AAACCUCGGGGGACGCUGCAGGACAUUUCGUCCAUAUUUUAAACAUUAGUUUACUUUUUACUCAUGGACAUGUGGAACUCCAGAUCUGACUUUACAGCCCAGUCUUCCUCAUGGUGUGGGUCAGGGUUUACAUCAAGAGCCAGCUCCAGUGCCGGUGCCUUCAGACGGAGCGAUCCGGGUCUAAGGAGGUGGCGGUCGAUGUACCAUCUGGAGCCUGAGAGUCCUACAAGGUCCCUCUCACCAUUUGGAGCAGAAAUGUGGACUGGUCGAGGUGAAAGGAGCUUCAGACAAGGAGAAGUUUUGCCGUGGCUCCAUGACGCUCAUGAGCGGCUGAACACUAAGCUGGACCGGCUGAGGACCAGAGAAGUUACUCUGGGCCACAACAAAACAGUGGCUCAGAGGUUCGACAUGAAACAGAAGCUGCUGUCUAAAACGAUGGAUGCUUUCAGUCAGGAUGAAUUGUUUGAGCGGAGUCAACAGUGUCGAGAUCUCCAAGAAAAAGUCCGAAAGCUGGAAAAUGAGCUGCUGCACGUGAAGUCUUCUCUGGUGAAUGUAAGCGAGGAUCAGUUGACGUCUCGUCUGGCAGCUUCACACAAGAAAUCAAAGACUCCAGGGGACGUAAAGAAACAGGAGAAGAAGGAUCCGACAGAGGUGGACAAGCUGAGGGAGGCUUUGAGAGAAGCUGAGGCGAGAGCAGCAAUUCUCCAAGAAGAACGAAACAAAGCACUCCAGGAUCUCCAGACUUCUGCUGAGACGCAGAAGAUGCUGAUUAAUAAAAUGGAGGAGAUGGAAAAGAGAGUCAGUGACGUCAAACCGGGUCGCUCUGAGGUGCAGAACCAUCUUGGAGAAGAAAACAGCAAAAUCUCUUUUCAGGUAGAUGAACAAUCAAGACAAGAACUGGAAGUGAUGAAGAAACAUCUGGCUGAGUCACAGCAUCAGCUGCAGGAGCUAAACGAGGAGAGAAUGAUAAACUUAAGACAGAUCACAGAUCAGAUCAGAGAAAAGGAGAAUCUCCUGACUGAACGAAACCCAGGAGGAUAUGAUGCAUUAAAUGGAUCAACGGGAAACAUCAACCAGCGCAGGACAUCUACAGAAGAUUUGGACCUGGAAACUCAGAAACUGCAGAAUCAGUGUGUCUGUUUGGAAGAGAAGCUAAAAGAGAAGGAAAAAAUGCUGCAAAUGCAUGAGAAAAUGUAUCAAAAAAAGGAUGAAAUGAGACGCCUGCAGAUCAAAGAACUAGAAGAUCUGACCUCACACUGGACACAAAAAUGGCAAAAUGUUGCUUUGAAUCUUCAGUCCACACAAGAGGAGUUAGAAGAACUCAAGAGAAACUGCACCAUUGAUACAAGAGAAUCUGAGUCUUUGCUGAGGCCCAAACAGGAAACAGGUAAAGAUGCAUUUUGUUGUUUUAUAAUAAGAGUAAAUAUUCUCAAUGAGGCUGCAAUUAAACCAUCUUCAUCAACUUUAACAAACCCAAGACAAAAAAGGUUUGUAUUCUUUGAACACAAGGGGGCAGUAAAGCGCACUGAGCUUCUGUUUGCAGGUAGUGAUUUGGUGCAGACUCUUCACAAAGACACACAGACAGACCUUUCAGAAUCCUCUUUAACACCAGACUCCACAUGCAGCAGAAAUAAAUCUCCCCAGCUGUGGGCGCAAAGCGGCGAGGUUCAGAGGCUGAAGCAAAAACUUUCAGAAACAGAAAGGGAAGUGAGUGAGAGAGAGCAUGAUUUGAGGACUAUGGAACGGCUGAGAGAGAUGGAGCGAGCUGAGGCUCAAAUUAGGAUUUCUGCUCUUGAACUCAAGCUCAUGAAAAAGGCGCCUGAAGUUUGUCAAAAUGGUGGAGGAGUUCAGGCGGAUGUGUCAAAUCCUGCCUCAACGCACGAGCAGCAAGACGAGUGGAGGGAAAAGUUGGAUGAGACGCAGCAGGUGAAUCCUCCAGCCCUCCACAAACAUCCCAACCUGAGGCAGAAGGUUUCGCACAGUGGGGGUAAAAAUGAGACUUUAUGGAUUGAAGACAAGAAGAAUAAAACCAUCUGCCAUGUUGACCAAGAGGUGGAGCAGCAGAGAAGAAUGGUCACUGAGCAGUUAAAGAGCUUGUUUAAGGAGCGAGAAGGAAAGGCAGCAGGAAGAUUAGCUGAUGCACAAUCAGUCGCUCAAAGUGGAUCCUCCUCAACUCAGGACUGGACUCCCACAUCUCUGGUUGUUAGGGCUGCAGCAGACAGGAGAAGUUGGCAGCCUGGCUCGGCUUUAAUGCCGGUGUUGGAGGAGGAUGAGGAGGACGGUGACUGGUCAGGAGUGGAUGAAGGGGAUGUAAAACAGGAAGCCCACACUGAGGCAAAACCUUCAGACUGCAGUGUUAAAGUCUCACCGCUCUGACUGCAAACUGCAGAAAUUGAUCGUCUCUGUGGGGGAAAGGUGACCUGCGGUGGAGGAACACCAUCGACCUGAUGGAGUAUUUCUGGAUCAGACUGUAGAUGUUUGCAAUCCAGAUGAAGAUGAAGAAGAGGAAAAACUCUAGCUUAGAAAAUCUUCAGUAUGUGGAAAAAACAAGCAGCAUUGAACUCUAUAAUCAAACUGAAUGUAUAUUUUUUAUUUAUAUUUCUGAAAGCAUCACCCAGCUUUGUGCUCCUCACUUCCCCAAAUACUCUCUCACUUACAUACAUUUUAAAGACUUUUAUUUAAAUGUUCAGUCAGUUUAAUUUUACAGGUUUUUCUACAGUUCAGACUGUAGAUGUUUGUGCCUUGCAAAAAUAUUCACACUUUGUGGCGUUGAAACUCCAAACUUUCAAAGUGUCGAAUAAAUAUGCAGUGGAAGAGAAACAUUUUCACAAAAUCUAAAAAGUCUGGUGUUCAUUUGCAUUAAACCGUCAUGAAUAAAUUAUACGUGGAGCCAAUUACA